AUGCAGCUCGUCAACACACUCCCGCUCAUUCUCCUCACGCUGGCUACCACCUUCUCUGGCGUCUCCGCCAACUGGUUCUACGCCCGCCAGGAAGCCAACAUGACAAUAUCCUCCACAAACACCACAAUCAGCACAAACAGCACCCUCGGCUACAACAGCACCACCGCUAUCUGCGACGAUCCAGACAGGCGCGCCGAGUGCUGUGACGUGUACCCUGACGCCAUGAACUGUCCUGUCGGCCCGACGCUCGAGAAUACAAGUACCUAUGAUGAGGGAGCUGGCAUAGUGGAUGACCAUAGUGAAGGCACUAUUCCGGAGGAGAAGGGAGCGGCGGCUCGGAGGGGGGUGGAUAUGACCGUGGUGGCGGGUGUGGUCAUGGUUGUGGGUGCCGGGCUGGGGGCGUGGUUGUAA